CUGCGCAAGCUCCAAAGUGCCCGGGCAACCGAUCGGCAGCCGAUACAACGUCGAGUGACCCGAUUCCCUCUCGUCUCUCUCGUUUGACCCUUUCCUCCCACUUUCUCCGAGUUGUGUUGUGCCUCGGCCUCGUCCCUCGUGCCCCCGGUGCAACCUCCCCAAGGUUCUCCGGAGGAAAAACUCUCAAGGCGCACACGGCCGGGUGGCAAAUCUAGCUAGCAGGGAGCGUGUGAUCACCGUGCGAGAGGGCUCCCCCGUGCCGCGCCGUGCCAUGCGGCAAGAUGGCAUCCACCGUAGCGCCAUUGAACGCCGACGUCGACCUGCCGACGAACGUGACCGCGCAGACCCACAAUGCGACGGCGUCCAAGGUCACAAACAUGGUGGUGUGCUACUCGCCCAUGAUGAUCACCACCAACGGCAUCUGGCAGGGCGUCAACCCGCUCGAGUUCUCCCUCCCGCUCUUCAUCCUCCAGGUCGCCGUCAUCGUCAUCACCACGCGCUUCAUCGUCCUCCUCCUCAGGCCCUUCCGGCAGCCCCGCGUCAUCGCUGAGAUCCUCGCCGGCGUCGUGCUCGGCCCGUCCCUGAUGGGCCAGAUGGAUGUGUGGGGCAACAUGGUGUUCCCGCAGCGCAGCCUGCUCACGCUCGAGACGGUGGCGCACCUCGGCCUUCUCUACUUCCUCUUCCUCGUCGGGCUGGAGAUGGACCUCGACGUGAUCAGGCGGUCCGGCAGGAAGGCGCUGUUCGUGGCCUUGGCCGGGAUGGCGCUGCCCUUCUGCAUUGGCACCGCCACGUCCUUCAUAUUCCGGCACCAGGUGUCCCGGAACGUGCACCAGACCUCCUUCCUGCUCUUCCUUGGCGUCGCGCUCUCCGUCACGGCGUUCCCGGUGCUCGCCCGCAUCCUUGCCGAGAUCAAGCUGCUCAACACGGACCUCGGCCGCAUCGCCAUGUCCGCCGCCAUCGUCAACGACAUGUGCGCGUGGAUCCUGCUCGCGAUGGCCAUCGCCAUCACGGAGGUGGACAGCACGGCGCUGUCGUCCCUGUGGGUGCUCCUCUCCGGGGUGGUCUUCGUGCUCAUAUGUUUCUACGUCGUGCGCCCAGCGAUGUGGUGGCUCAUCCACCGCAUCCCCGAGGGCGAGAGCAUCAGCGACAUGGAGGUGUCGCUCAUCCUUGCCGGCGUCAUGCUCGCCGGAGUCUGCACCGAAGCCAUCGGCAUCCACUCCGUCUUCGGCGCCUUCAUCUACGGCCUGGUCAUCCCGAGCGUGCCGCUCGGCGUCACACUCAUCGAGAAGCUCGAGGACUUCGUCACCGGGCUCCUCCUCCCGCUCUUCUUCGCCAUCAGCGGCUUGCGUACCAACAUUACCAAGGCGCGUGAUCCUGUGACCGUCGGCCUGCUCGUGCUCGUCUUCGUCAUGGCCAGCUUCGCUAAGGUCAUGGGCACCAUCAUCAUCGCCGCGCUCUACACCAUGCCGUUCCGUGAGGGCAUCGCCCUCGGCUUCCUCAUGAACACCAGGGGGCUCGUGGAAAUGAUCGUGCUCAACAUUGGGAGAGACAAGCAGGUGUUGGAUGACGAGUCGUUUGCGGUGAUGGUGAUGGUGUCGGUGGGGAUGACGGCUCUGGUGACGCCGAUCGUGACGGGGUUGCACAAGCCGGCGCGGCGGCUCGUCGUGUACAAGCGGAGGAACCUACAGCGCAUCAGGCACGACAGCGAGCUCCGGAUGCUGGCCUGCGUGCACACCACCCGCAACGUGCCGUCCGUGCUGUCGCUGCUGGAGCUGUCCAACCCCAGCAAGCGCUCCCCCAUCUUCAUCUACGCGCUCCACCUCGUCGAGCUCACGGGGCGAGCCUCCAACAUGCUCGCCGCCGCCGCCGCCUCUGCCUCCACAAAUAAUAACCGGUCUGGCUCCUCUGCCUUGCCGGCUACGACGGAGCACAUCUUCAACGCCUUUGAGAACUACGAGAUGCACACCGGUGGUGUCUCCAUCCAGACGCUGGCGGCCGUGUCGCCGUACCAAACCAUGCACGACGACGUGUCCGUCCUGGCGGAGGACAAGCACGUCUCGCUCAUCGUCGUCCCUUUCCACAAGCAGCAGACGGUGGACGGCGGCAUGGAGCCGAUCAACCCCUCCAUCCGCGCCUUCAACGAGAGCCUCCUGUCCGCGUCCCCGUGCUCCGUCGCCAUCCUCGUGGACCGCGGCCUGAGCGCCGCCGCGGCGCGCAUGGCCGACGAGCACCGCCUGGUGCUCUUCUUCUUCGGCGGGCCCGACGACCGCGAGGCGCUCGCCUACGCGUGGAGGAUGGUGGAGAACCCCAGCGUCAGCCUCGCCAUCGUGCGGUUCCUCCCGCCGGACUACCGGGAGCGAUCCUUCUCCAGCCCCACCUACCGGUCGGCCGACACGGCGGACUCACGCGCGAUCAACAUCGGCACGGAGGGCAAGACGGAGCUGGAGAUGGACGAGGAGUACCUCGGCGAGUUCCGCGCGCGCAACCAGGGCAACGGCGCCAUCAUGUACGCCGACAAGACGGUGACCAACAGCGAGGAGACGGUGGCGGCCAUCAGGAGCAUGGACAGCAGCACGCACGAGAUGUACAUCGUUGGCCGCCGCCCCGGCGAGGCCGGGUCGCCGAUGACGUCGGCACUGGAGGACUGGAUGGAGUGCCCGGAGCUGGGGCCCAUCGGUGACAUGCUCGUGUCGUCAGACUUCUCCAUGGGGGUGUCGGUGCUGGUGGUCCAGCAGUACGUGGUGGCCGGGGCGCCCGUGGCAGCCGCGGCGCCGGCCGCCAGCGUCGAUCCGGUACGCCAGUACCUGAGCAACGCCAACUUGCAUCCGGUCGCGGGGCCCGGGGGGUACCAGACGAUCCCGCCGUCGUCGGCGGCCAAUAGCUGGUCUAGCGGCACCGUAGGCUUCUGAGGCGCGUAGGCUCUUGGCUGUUGGAAUCUCUGUACUGUGUAGGAUUAGUUGUAUCGUUACUCGGUCAUGGAACGUGCGUGAAGGCUGAGAUUAUUGUCUUCUGAUCUAAGCCUGCUAGCUAGUAGCUUUUCAAAGUGAUCACUCUUAGAACUAGACAAUCUAGGCAGAUUAGCUAUGUAAUACUCCCUCCGUCCCAAAAUUCUUGUAUUAAAUUUAUUUAGAUAUAAAUAGGAAAAAUGUCCGUGCGUUGC